AUGCCUGAAGCUCUUGCACCCAAACUUCCCUCUGGAGAAGCCACUUCAAAUGCCCCAAUCACGCAUUGGACCAUGAGAACCAUAACUACCAGUUCCAGCAUCAACAGAACCACUCGGCAGAAGACAUUCGACACCACCCUCCUUCUUAACCAAUGGAUGUUAACGGACGCAGCCAUAGCGUCUCCAGCGUCGGAAUGCAGAACUCGUGCUGCACGUGAUGCACUGUCUCGGGAGAAAGAUUAUGCAACUGCGUUUGGGCGUGAGGGGGUGCAGGCAUAUAAGAUUGUGGAUACUGAUUAUGGUUUGCCCGUAAUGCGAACGGUAAGCUUGAUGCGAACAAAGAAGAUGGCGGGAGACCUGUUGAGGGAGAACUAA